AUAAAUGAUAUCAAAAAUAUAUGCAGUAGAUACAUCAGCCAAAACAUAACUGUAUCUUUCAACCUUUUCUUGUUUUUGUGUUUUAUUUUUAUUUUUUUCUGUGUAAAUGUAAAACAGAGCCCAAGAAAAUCAAGAGAAGUUAACUCUGAGAGAGAAAGAAUGUGAUAAAAUAAUAAAAAUAGAGGGGGGUAUUCUGUGGCUUUGGAUUGUUCUGGCAAAGCGUGCCUGCCAGCUUCACUCGGACUAGGGUGGGGGUCUGGCUAAGAAAGAAAUGUCUUGCUCUUGAAAAUUCGAAGAAAAAUAUAAACUAGGGGUAGCAGCAGUCAGCAAGUCAUUAAAGCCAAGGCCCUUGUCUUGGUUUGCCGGUGAGGUUUGACAAGGAAAGUUUGAGAAGCUGAUGAUGGAGGUUUGGAGAAGGGGUCAUCUGGUUGUGACAGUGAUAAUCUGCAUUCUGGGAUGCAUCAACAGUGAAACAGAUCCAAAUGAUGUGCAGAAAAUGUGGUGAAUGAAGUUUCCUUUUUAAUGAUGCUAUACAAUGAUGGGUGUUAUUACUUUGAUCCUCAAGGGAAUGAUAAAGUAGCCGGAGUUUCUCAGUUCUUUUGGUCAAGUAACUCUUCUGCUUUAAGAGUCAUGUAUACCAGCUUAGGUUCACCAGAACAGCUAAGUCAAUGGAACUCAAAUGGUGGUGAUCCAUGCGUAGAGUCCUGGAAAGGUGUUACUUGCUCAGGCUCACGAGUCAUGGAAAUUAAAUUAUCUGGUCUUCAACUUUCUGGAUCAUUGGGUUACCAGCUCUCGAGUUUGACAGCAUUAACGAACCUAGACUUGAGUAAUAAUAAUCUUGCAGGUGGUAUACCUUAUGGACUUCCUCAAAACCUGACACAGUUAAAUCUUGCCAAUAAUCAUUUUACAGGAGACAUCCCUUAUUACUUUUCUCAGCUGACUAAACUUACAUAUUUGAACAUUGCUCAUAAUCAGCUUCAGACUCAGUUGUAUGACAUGUUUGGAAAGCUCUCUUCCCUCUCCACACUGGAUAUCUCUUUCAACCAACUGCCAGGUAACUUACCUGAGAGUUUUAGCAACCUUUCAAGUAUUAACGAAAUGUAUUUGCAAAACAACCAGUUCACAGGCACUAUUGAUGUCCUUGCCAAUCUUCCUCUUAAAAAUCUGAAUGUUGCAAAUAAUCAUUUUACUGGAUGGGUCCCUGAACAGUUGAAGGACAUUUAUUUACAGAUGGAGGGUAACAAUUGGAACUCAGGGCCUGCACCCCCACCUCCGCCCGGUACACCUCCAGCCCACAGAAACCCAGGUCAUAAAUCUGGUGGCAAUAACAGUCCAUCUGAUAGUGGCGGCAAAAAAUCAGGAAUAGGAGGUGGUGGCAUAGCUGGAAUAAUCAUAUCCAUCUUUGUUGUUGGGGGGAUAGUUGCAUUCUUCUUGGUGAAGAAAAGAUCCAAGAGGCCAUCUACAGAUAUAGAAAAGCUUGAUAAUCAGCCAUUCGCACCUCUUUCUUCAAAUGAAGUACAAGAAUUAAAGUCUAUACAAACUCCCUCCACAGCCAAUACAAAGACGUUUAAUACCCCAGCCUCCAUAAAUCUUAGACCCCCACCUAUUGAUCGCCAUAAAUCAUUUGAUGAGGAUGAUUUCUCAAACAAGCCUGUUGUUGUAAAGAAACCUGUUACAGCUCCUACAAAUGUAACGUCAUAUUCCAUUGCAGACCUGCAGAUAGCUACUGGCAGCUUCACUACCGAUAAUCUUCUUGGUGAGGGGUCUUUUUGCCGUGUUUAUCGAGCUCAUUUUGAUGAUGGGAAGGUUCUUGCUGUGAAGAAAAUAGAUUCAUCCACUCUUACCAAUGACAUGACUGAAGAUUUUAUGGAGCUGGUUUCAAAAAUCUCUGAGUUAAAUCACCCAAAUGUGACAGAGCUCGUGGGUUAUUGUUCAGAGCAUGGGCAGCACCUGCUGGUCUAUGAGUUCCAUAAAAAUGGGUCGCUACAUGACUUCCUGCAUCUGUGGGAUGAGUACAGCAAGCCUUUGAUAUGGAAUUCCCGUGUCAAGAUAGCUUUGGGGACAGCUCGUGCAUUAGAGUACCUGCAUGAAGUAUGCUCACCAUCUAUUAUUCACAAAAACAUCAAGUCAUCAAACAUCCUGCUGGGCUCUGAGCUCAAUCCUCACCUUUCAUACUCUGGCCUAGCGAGCUUUCUUCCAAAUGCAGAUCAGGCAUUGAACCAUGAUGCAGGAUCUGGAUAUGGUGCACCUGAGGUAGCCAUGUCUGGUCAAUAUACUCUCAAGAGCGAUGUUUACAGUUUUGGAGUCGUCAUGUUAGAGCUUCUUACUGGACGUAAACCAUUUGACAGCUCAAGGCCAAGAUCUGAGCAAUCUUUGGUUCGAUGGGCCACACCUCAGCUCCAUGACAUUGAUGCACUAUCUAAAAUGGUUGAUCCUGCUCUCAAAGGGCUCUAUCCUGUCAAAUCUCUCUCCCGGUUUGCUGAUGUUAUUGCCCUGUGUGUCCAGCCCGAGCCAGAGUUUCGACCACCUAUGUCAGAAGUUGUUCAGGCAUUGGUUCGUCUCGUUCAACGAGCUAAUAUGAGCAAGAGAACGGUUGGAAAUGAUCAGGGAACACCUCGGCAAGCAGACAACCCAGAAGCACCUGACUACAUGUCUUAGAUGGCAGUGAUACCUACGGUUACUUGUUCCAAUGUUACAUACAGGCUACAGUACAUCAAUGGUCUUCAUUUUAUUUGCUUUCAAGUUUUUUGAACAUAGAUGUUUAGUUUAAUCUUCUCGUAUGGAGCACAUGGUAGAAUUAGGAACUCGAUAAAGCUUGUUAAAAAUAUCUGUUGAGCUGUUGCACUGCCUUAUGACUUGAGAUUCUGUUGGAAGUACAUGGAACAUCAAACAUUGUAAAUGAAUGUAAACAUGGAAUAAAAGCUUUGACGGUUGGAUCUCCUCCAUAAGGUACAAGGCUCCCUGAAAAUUUUCCUU